AAGCGUCCGUGACCCAGCGGAAGUGAUUCCUCCAACUGCCCCGGAACCCACGGCGGCAAGCAGCUGGGGGUGGGGGGGCGGCCCUGGUGUAGGGGCUGUGGCGGUGCGCGUGGACCCGGUGCGGUGGCUGUGGUUGCUGCGUGGCUGACGAGAAACUACUAAAGUUCCUGUGGACUCAAAGUAGAAUUUCAUAAGAACAUAAUGGAUGGAGAAGAGAAAACCUAUGGUGGCUGUGAGGGCCCUGACGCCAUGUAUGUCAAAUUGAUAUCUUCGGAUGGUCAUGAAUUUAUUGUAAAAAGAGAACACGCGCUAACAUCAGGAACAAUAAAAGCCAUGUUGAGUGGCCCAGGUCAAUUUGCUGAGAACGAAACUAAUGAAGUCAAUUUUAGAGAGAUCCCUUCACAUGUGCUAUCAAAAGUAUGCAUGUAUUUUACCUACAAGGUUCGCUACACUAACAGCUCCACGGAGAUUCCUGAAUUUCCAAUUGCACCUGAAAUUGCACUGGAACUGCUGAUGGCUGCAAACUUCCUAGAUUGUUAAAUAAAAUAAAUUAUAAUAAACUGUUAACUUUUUUCAGUAUUUAAUACCUGUAGUUCAGUUAGUAAUUUUUUCAUAUAUAGCAUGUUGCCUGUGUGCAAUUGAACUUUAAAGUUCAUUGCAAAGCAGAUUAUCUUGUUCUUUUGCAUAGCAAUCAGAGUUGAAAUUUGUUUGCUACAUCAACAAAUUAAGGACAUUUUCACAAAUUGAGAAAUAAACAAAUAUGCCAAUUCGUAGGUGGUUUUGCCUUAUCCUUUGGAUGUGAUUUUUAAAAUUAGAGCAGUGGUGAUAUAGUAAAUGCUGAAAUUUAGGCAUAAAUUCAACACGUUCUACAGGUAAAUAAUGGGGCUACAUAUUUUUAUGUUUUUAGUGUUUUUUUAAAAACCUAUUCUGAUCUUACAGCUGUCAUUAGCAUUACUAGGGUUAUGCAAUUGCAUAUAAUUGCAUUAUAAACAUGUUUAUAACUUAGCCAAAAUAUUGAUUUUUAUAACUGUCAAAGACAUGAGAGUUGAAAUUUCUUAUGUGUCUUUUGAUAAACUGCAGUAUUGUUUAAGUGUAUCUUGUCUUUUUGUUUAUUGCUACAAUUUAAGAACUUUAUUUAAAAUCAAUUUUGGAAGAUUACUAGGUACAGCUUUUGGAGCAGAGACUUUUUGAACUUUAGCCACAUGGUCAACAAGUAAACUACAUGACUUCAGUUUCAUGUGCAUUGUGCAUUUUGGCCAAUCCAUUGUAUAAAGUUUCCUUUGCAGUAUUCAUUCUUACAUAGUCCCUUGUUGUGAUUACACUUCUCAUUAUUUAAAUAUGUUUUAAAAGACUCACUAUGAACUUUUUCAUCUAGAUCCUAAGAACAAGGCUUCUCUGACAAUUCCAGUCUUCCUCCAUUCAACUGAAAUAUUAUAAGAAAAACGUGGAGAGAUGCAGUGCAAAUCUAAUAAUGCACUUUGAUAUAUUAAUUAUCUUCUGUUAAUUAAAGUAUGUCCCACUAGAUAUGAUAUCCAUAAUCUGGGUCUUCUACUGAACUCAAACUUAUAGAAGAGGUCAUUCAACUUUUACACUAAGACAAAAAAAGUUUGAAGAACUAUAAUAGAGCGUCUCUGCUUAGUCGUGGAAAAAGAAGCACUAGAGUUGGGUUUAUUAUUGUCUCUAUCUUAGUAGUAAAACAAAACUGUUAUUAUAGGGUCUAUAAAUUUAAGUCUUCAGCUUACUUCUUUAAGACUGGUUCAAUAUGGACCAGUUUUUCUGGAACCUGCAAAGACCAUAAACAAGAUCAAUAAAAGUAAUUUUUCCUCUUAGAAGACCUAACAUUGUUAUUGAAAGCAAUUAAAUAUAAAUGUUAGUUGCAUAUAUUUCAGUAACAUCUUAAGACAUACUGUUACAUAUUUUAGUAUAGAAUUACCAAGUACUAGAAUUAUAUUCUGCUACUUGGUGACAAAUAAUGCCAAUUAUAAACCUAAGUUGUGAUCUUAAAGGUCAAGGUGAUAGCUAGAAUACAGUUUAACUUUGACCCAUUUUAGUAGGUUACUUUAUAUGUUAGGUCCAGAAGUUACCUUAAGUUCAAAAUAUUGAAAUAGAACUGAAAGAUUAGGAAAAACUGUAUAGCUUGCGGCAAAUGAUACUUGCAUGUUAAUAAAGACUAUUGACUGAAAGGUUUGAUGAA